AUAGCGUUUUUCUUUAAAAUUCCUAACCUUAUAUCCACGUAAUUACGUGGAUUUGGUGCGAAUAGACACAGCGUUAAAAUUUAGAUUCAGUAAAAUGACCACUGUACAUUCGCCCUCCGUUGAAUUGAGUUCUUAUCGAGAUCAGCACUUCAAGGGCACACGAGUUGAACAGGAUAGACUUUUGAGAACAUCGACUACUUUGUAUGUUGGAAAUUUGUCAUUUUACACGACAGAAGAGCAAAUAUAUGAACUAUUUUCCAAAUGUGGAGACAUAAAAAGAAUCGUAAUGGGUCUUGACAAGUAUAAAAAGACGCCUUGUGGCUUCUGUUUUUUAGAAUAUUACACAAGAUCUGAUGCUGAAAAUUGUAUGCGCUACAUUAAUGGCACACGUCUUGAUGACAGGAUAAUUCGAACAGAUUGGGAUGCUGGUUUUAUUGAAGGAAGACAGUAUGGCCGAGGAAAAACUGGUGGACAGGUCAGAGACGAGUACAGAUCAGACUUUGACAGUGGCAGAGGAGGUUACGGAAAAAUUCUUCAACAAAAAGUGAGCGGUCCUAUGGGUGAAGGAUCAUUUUAAAAUAAAACUUAUUGAACUGAAUUUAUGUGAAGAGAGUGAUUUAUGUGACCGACAAGUACUAAAGUAAGAGUGUAUAAAUUGAUAUAUG